AUGAAGUACGUGACUGGACGAAUCCCUACUCAAUUGUGUGAAGUCAUCUCGAUCGCUAACCGCCGCAAUCCCAACAGCGUCAUUAAGGAAAUCGACCGCCUCAACAACUCCGAACUAUUGCGAAACACCAAAGAGACAGCAUCAUGGCACUCGCAAUACCAGGACUCGGCCUACAUCUACGUCGGCGGACUACCAUACGAGCUGACGGAGGGGGACGUGAUCACCAUUUUCUCCCAGUUCGGGGAAAUUGUGGAUGUGAACUUGGUCCGUGAUAAGGAGACGGGGAAGAGUAAAGGGUUUGCGUUUGUGGGGUUUGAGGAUCAAAGGUCGACGGUUUUGAGUGUUGAUAACUUCAAUGGGACUAAGAUCCGUAACAGAACAAUACGCGUAGACCAUGUAGCCAAAUACCGUGGGGAAAAGAAAGACGAUGAUUAUGAUUCCGAAGAGGAACGAAAACGGAAAAACCAGAUCCUU